AUGGAGAGACAGGGUUUCCAACAGUUCGUGAAAGUUACCUCUCCACAUUACACGCCGCCCUCUCGAAGAACUCUCACCAGAUUGCUUGAUCAUCGAUACGAUCAUGCUAAACAAUCUUACUGCCCAACUCUGCAGAAAGCCAUUUGUUACACACUCACUUGUGACAACUGGAUAGAUUGCACUUUCCAGAGCUACCUGGGUGUUACUAUUAACUAUCUGACGGAAGAUUUGAAGCUGGAGAAUGCAUGUUUGGGAGUUUUUCCACUGGAUAAAAAUCACACAGCUCAGUAUCUAUCAGACUGCUUCGAGAGUGUCAUAGCUGAUUUUGGUUUGGAUAAAAACAAAAUUAUGGCCAUCACGAGUGAUGGAGCAGCCAACAUCAGAUCUGCUGUACAGAAAAUCGUCAGCCCUGACAGACAAAUUUGGUGUUUUACUCAUUUUAUUUCAUACAUUGUGCCCAAAGUUUUGAAAGCUAUGGAACAACUGACCGAGUUGAUAGAUACAGUUCGACAAUUCGUGGUGCCCUUCAAACAAAGUGUUGUAGCAGCUGAUGAAUUAAGGAAAUUAUAA